AUGGACGAGACGGGUGACACCGGCAUCGAAAAUGUUCCCUGCCAUCAGUGCUCGGACGUCGAUCUGGACAGAGUCUUUAGGGGCGGCUAUAAGAUGCCACAAAAGGUCAUGGAUCUUGGCCCAGUACCUAGAGACUGCCUGAGAAGCCCAUGUCCUCUCUGUCGCUUGGUGGCUGAAGCGAUAUACAGCCCGUUCGGUAACCCUGAACUGGCGUCUUUGCACGAAACAUGCGGGUUUUGCACACCAUCUCAAGAACGUGGAGGAGCCGAGCCGGGCUGUUACCAGUUGGUAGCAGAAAUUGUCAAACCAGAGACAAAAAGGGACAGCAUGGGCCACGGGAAAAUGGCCAAAUACAAGGACACAUACUUGAUCACUAACCCAGUACAAAAUGAGACAAAAUUCUCGAAGCGGGAGCCUCAACUUGUAUCUAUCCGGCAUUCGACUUGGCUGAAGCUAUGGCUCCGACACGAUCAUUCUGUCUCUUCAUUGGACUGGGAUCUCCUGCGCUCCUAUCUGAGAGAGUGCUAUGACCAUCACGAUGGAUGCUCAUCUCCGAGGCCUCAACUCGAUAUCCAUGGCUUCCGCCUCAUAGAUUGUCAUACGAGGCGGCUAGUUCUGGCAGCCCAGGGAGCCAAGUAUGUGGCGCUGAGUUAUAUCUGGGGAGCGCCCGAAAAGCAUGCUCACAUGGAUAUCCCGGAGCUUGGGGAGAAACUUGUACAGGCACCUUUGGUCAUAGAAGACGCCAUGGAUGCCGUAAGGGAGUUGGGAUACCACUUUCUUUGGGUAGACAGGUUUUGUAUACAGCAGAACGACUCGAAGUCUCUGCGGCACCACCUUGCAAAUAUGCAUUCCAUCUAUCAAGGCGCGCUAUUCACAAUCGUUGCGGCUGCAGGGUCAGACUCGUCCUUUGGCUUACCUGGGGUUUCGUCAAGGGCACGGGAGCCGCAAGCAGAAGCUACUAUCAACGGCUGCCUUCUGGUGUCUUCUGUCGAAUUGUUCCCCGGAAUUUUAAGCUGCAAGUGGAAAACUCGGGCUUGGACAUACCAAGAAGAGCUCUUCUCGAACCGCCAGCUUAUCUUCACGUCUCAUCAAGUUUCGUUCCACUGCCUACAGAGCGAGAACUGCGAGAUUUAUACCUCGCCCGCAGUCACACCUCCUGGACUGUUGAAUCGGACAGGGAACCGGACCUGUUCGAUUUGGGAACAUAUUGAGCAGUACUCGAAGCGGGAUUUGACAUAUGAUUCUGACUCUCUCAAUGGGUUAAGGGCUACGAUCAAUUCCUUUACUGAAUCGGCCGAGGAACCGCUCGGUAGCCUAUGGGGGAUUAUAUUUUCAGAGACGAUUGCCGCGUUAGACCAUGACCAUCCUUCCGAGACAGCUGACAUGUCGAGCACCACGGGCAUGCUAUCUAGAGCGAGGUUUGCGUCGGCCUCGGCGGUGUUCGGGUAUAGUCUCACUUGGAAGUUUCUUCCGCAAGAGCAUCAAAUCUUGCGCCGACGGGCCGGUUUUCCAACAUGGUCCUGGACAAGCUGCGUCGGUCAAGUUGAAUAUCCCCGGCUCCCGUGGUUGACUCCAGAUCAGCCGGUCAUGCCUGACCCUGAGCUAGAUAUUUCUGUGCUGGGCCCAGAUGGCUGUUGCAUGCCGAUAUCUGAAUAUGUUGACGACUCCCUUGAGCCUUCACAUUAUUUGCAUGUGAAGGCCUGGUCUGUUCGCGACGCCCUCACAUUCAACCUUGCCGAGGGUGAAGCUUUACUAGAUCUAGGGGAUACAGAUAAUGAGCUGAAGGGCUUCAUCCAAUUCGAUUCGAUACCGACUAGGGACCAUGAAGAUAUGUUCGACAUCCUAUCAGAGAGUCAAAACGGCCAAAAGCGUUGGGAAGCUAUCAUCACGUACGUGGCCCUUGGCUGUGACGGGGCCAAUGUCCCGUUCUUAUUGAUCUUGGCGAUCGCCGAGGACGCUCAGUAUCCGGACAAGACGGUGUACGAGAGGAUUGGAUGCAUCCCAAGACUGCACCUUGUUUGGAAGCCUAAAGAAAGCAGACGUGCCGCUCGGGCAUUGGGCAAGAAACGUCAGAGCCCCAGGCCGACCAUGAGGUGGGCAGCCGAAAUAAUUGAAGAACAAGAGAAAAAGUGGAUGAAUGAUGAAAAGUGGAUGAAGGACACGGAAGAGAAAAUGCUGCAACGAAGAGAAGGUCAAACAGAAACUCAGCCAAUAGCUGAUCUCACCAAGGGAGGCACUGGCGAGGUCGACGACAGUGAAGAGGAUGCUUUCGUAAAGAGCAUGCUCGCGGAGCUUGAAGAAUGUCAACAACGCACCAUAUCCGCGGAGGCGCAACGCGUGAACGCGAUGGGCCAGGUCCAUCUAGGCGAGACUGACGAAAGACCUACAGCUUCUAUCUCAGCUGACGUCGGUGCGGACAACUCAACAAGCGACCACGACGAGGCAUCGAAGGUUGACUCUGUAGCUAUAGAGACCGUCGAUGUGCAGGAGAAACAUUUGGACGAGACAGAUGAUGGCGAUACGAGUGACUCCAGCUCAAACGACUCGUAUGAUACGGGCGAUGCUUUUAUAAAUUCGUUAAUCGCUGAAGGGAGGGAGAAGGCUUGCUUUCCGCGCAUACCUAUGGUAAGAAGGGAGCUUGUAAUUCGAUAG